AUGCGGUGCUGCAUUCAAGUUGCAGAGCGUCAACGUCAGCGAAGGUGCUUGUGCUUGCUUCUGUACCGAGUAAAUGGCGCACUGAGUUAUUGUUUUGUUUAA